AGCUCAAUAUUAAAUUAAAUUAAAUGUUUCUUGUUAAAAUUGGGUUCACCUCACCGGAAGUGUCGUGCUUCUGUUGUUCGGUUGUUCCUCCAAUCUGCUACGAUGUGGAUAUCGAAGACCAUCUUCAACCACUUCAAAUCCAGGCUCAACUUCACACCUAACUAUGCACCACUAUCUCUUCUCUCUCCGCGCCGAUUUGCAUCCACCAUAGCUCAAAAUCCUUCCACCUUCAAUUCCAUCCACGAUGCUAACCAGGUUAUCGAUUUUCCUGGAGGAACAGUGAAGUUCAUCCCGGAAAUGAGAUUUAUAUCUGAAUCAUCUCCACAGAGAAUACCCUGCUACCGUGUCCUCGACGACGAUGGACAGCCUCUGGCCAAUAAUUUUGUCCAGGUUAGUGAGGAAGUUGCUGUAAGGAUGUACAGUAACAUGGUUACACUACAAAUUAUGGACACCAUUUUCUAUGAAGCGCAAAGGCAGGGCAGAAUAUCUUUUUAUGCAACGACCAUUGGAGAAGAGGCAAUAAAUAUUGCAUCAGCUGCAGCUCUUACUAGGGAUGAUGUUAUUUUCCCUCAGUAUAGGGAACCAGGACCCCUGUUAUGGCGUGGUUUCACAUUGCAAGAAAUUGCACACCAGUGUUUUUCCAAUAAAUAUGACAAUGGAAAAGGACGGCAAAUGCCAAUACAUUACGGGUCCAACAAGCAUAAUUACUUUACUGUAGCAUCAACUGUUGCCACACAAGUUCCCCAUGCUGUUGGAGCUGCAUAUUCCUUAAAGAUGGACAAAAAAGAUGCAUGUUCUAUCACUUACUUUGGUGAUGGUGGCUCAAGUGAGGGAGAUUUCCAUGCUGCCUUAAAUUUUGCAGCAGUUAUGGAGGCGCCAGUUAUUUUCCUAUGCCGAAACAAUGGAUGGGCUAUCAGCACCCCGACUUCGGAUCAGUUUCGAAGUGAUGGUGUUGUCGUGAAAGGACAGGCAUAUGGAGUCCGCAGCAUUCGAGUAGAUGGCAACGACGCCCUGGCCAUUUAUAAUGCUGUUCAAGCUGCUCGUGAAAUGGCAAUCAGUGAAGAGAGACCAGUUCUAAUAGAAGCUCUUACAUAUAGAGUAGGGCACCAUUCGACAUCGGAUGACUCCACCAAGUAUCGUCCAGCCAAUGAGAUUGAAUGGUGGAGGCUCGCUCGAGAUCCGGUGGCUAGGUUUAGAAAGUGGAUAGAAAGGAAUGGUUGGUGGAAUGACAUGGCUGAAUCAGAGCUUAGGAACAGUAUGAGACAGCAGCUUCUGCAUUCAAUUCAAGUGGCAGAGAAUAUAGAGAAGCCUCCAAUUGAAGAUAUAUUUAACGACGUUUAUGAUGUGCCUCCGUCCAAUCUUCGUGAGCAGGAGCAAUGGGUCAAAGAUACCAUAAAAAAGCAUCCGUUAGAUUACCCAGAGAAUAUUUCUGCAUAGUAAUCAUAAAUUGCAUAUCCUCAUGCGCAUGUAAUUGUACUGGAUGCAAGUAUUCUUGUUCUAUGAAUAAAAUGCAUGUGCAUACUCCUA